AUGCAACUCAAUCGAGUGGCUUGCAAAGAGUGUCAAAGACGCAAAAUCAAGUGCUCUCGCCAACUACCCUUGUGUCACCAAUGUACUACCCAUGAUCGUCAAUGCGUUUACAGUGACGCACAACGCACUCCGUUAACCCGAAAACAUCUCAAUGAAGUCGAAAAUGACCUUGAAUGUGCUCUCCAGAUGCUCCGGAGAGCGUUUCCGGACAUGGAUAUCGAUGUUGCAAUACAACUGCUACGCAGUGGCGGCGAUUUUAACGCAGUGAUACCCGUUCUGCUGUGCACGCUGUUACUGAAGUUCAGUGGCAUCAUGUCUCCCGAACUCAGCUCCGAAAACAUGAGCUCUCCGCGGCCAAAGUCUAUGAAUAUUCUGCUGUUGGUCGACGGUCCAAGAAUAGAGGCUCCAGUGAGCGGAAAUGUGGUUGUUGGCCUGGAACUUCGAAAUUUUGCCAAUUCUCACAAUCUCCAGAUCCCUCAAUUUCUUCCACCUUCAGUGGACUUGUCCAGGCUGUCAUCACAAAUGGUAGGAGAUAGGGUGCGCUCGCCUUUUGCAUCGUCACCCUCUAAAUCGUAUGAUUGGGAUGAGCGGAAACUGCUCCGACACGAUAGUCGUCCCACCAUUAUUGAUGGAAUGGCAACCACUGUUUCAAAUAGCUACCUAGGAGUCACCUCCAGUGCAGCACUUCUCAAUCUAGUCGGCGUUGGCUACUUUCUUCACCCGAUUCAGCCGGAGUUGAAAGACCUGGAGUUCCUCAAAAUGCCCGAAAGAAAGAUAUUGGAAGAGAACGUCACAAACUACUUCAGUACUUACCAUAUCUCAUAUCCUAUUGUUCACAAGGCACUCUUCUUUGCCCAUUUUAACGAGAUUGUGCCUCCUCCGCCAUGUUGGAAGAGUCUUCUCUACAUAGUAGCUGCCAUUGGUUCGUUUAUGUCGGCCACCUCUGCUGCGGACCACGCAGAUUUAAUCUUGUUUGAUCGUGCUAAACAGAACUUGUCAAUGGAAGACUGGGAAACGGGAAACUUGACAUUGGUACAGACGCUCAGCUUGAUGAGUAACUACCUCCAGUUGCGUGAUCGUCCAAAUUCGGGCUACAAUUACCUGGGAAUAGCGAUGAGAAUGGCUUUGGGGCUCGGUUUCCACAAGAAUAUGGACGACUCGGAAAUACCGCUUUUUGACCAGGAGGUCAGAAGAAGGGUUUGGUGGGGUCUUUAUGUGUUUGACUGUUCCCAAACAAUCACUUAUGGACGUCCAUUGGGAGUCUCUUGUAAUGGAGUCGAUACUCGACUCCCAUUGAACAUUGUGGACUCAAGUUUAACUAGUUCCACCACACAAGUACCCAAAGACGAGGAUCUGCCAACUAUAUAUACCAGUUUGCGUCUCCAAGCGCUCUUCCAUCUACUUACCAACGGAAUCUACGAGCGAAUCAUUAGCGAACCACUUCCCUCAGCCCAAAGUUUGUUGGAGUGGGAUACUCAGUAUAUACAGCGAUGGAAAGGCAUGAUCCCAGACUACUACCGUGAAAAUGAACAAGUGCAGCCGGAAUAUCAACUUUCGCACGCGGUGAUUCACUGGAGAUAUAGAAACCUCCGCAUUAUCAUUUAUAGAUUUUUCGUUUUGAAGCGACAAUACGAACUGGGUCAAAGUCUUCAAGACGAAUAUGAAUGGAGGGCCAGUACGGUGUGUUUGGAAGAGUGCCGAGCUACCCUACAAAACAUGGACAGGUUUUGGAAAUCCAAAACCGCAUACAAUCGUAUGGAUGCGUGGUGGUCGCUCUACUUCCUUAUCCACGCGGUGAUGAUGCCACUUGUUUGUCUCCGAAAUGACCCUCUCUCUAUUGAAGCACAAAGCUGGCGGAAUGAUGUUGGAAUUGCAAAAGGCAUCAUUACCAAAAUCAUGAACAUUUGUCCUCCAGCAGUACGGAUCUUAGACCUCAUCGAAAAGGUGUCUGCUGGAUGUUUUACUGUUAUGGAGGAGGCUUCUGCAACACAUGCCAUUCCGAAUUUGGCGCCCGAAGAGGCUCCGUUGUCUCAGCUAAUGCAAUUACAUCUGAUGCUUUGGCCAGAUCCAUUGUAG